GAGAGGAGAGUGUGUUCAAGUGUUCGGUUUCCAGGGAGACUGAGUGCAGCCGUGUUGGGAAGCAGUCUUUCAUCAUCACACUGGGCUGCAACAGCGUCCUGCUGCAGUUCUCCUCACCUGGAGACUUCCAGUCCUUUUAUAACCUGCUGAAGAACAGUCGCGGACACGUCAAUGAGCGCUCCGUCUUCAGCGAUAGAACAGAGGACUCCUCUGCUGUACAGUACUUCCAGUUUUAUGGCUACCUCUCUCAGCAACAGAAUAUGAUGCAGGACUACGUUCGGACAGGGACUUACCAACGGGCUAUUCUCCAGAACCACACCGACUUCAAGGAUAAGGUAAACUUCAACUGCUGUAUAGUUUUAUAAAUUACACUUACAAAA